CGCCUUUUGGUGCUCGGAUAUGCUGCCCUUCAGUGAAAAUCCUGGUAGCAGGAAGUGAAAGAGAAACACUUUGGAGCUAUUACAGCAGCCUGUGGUCCGGAAAUUGAUGUCGAUGCUGCCUGACCUGCUAGGUAUUUCCAGCAUUUUCUGCUCUACAUAAAUACUGUACUGAACUUUAUGGCGUCUAUUCUCAAACAAGUGCUUUAAGAACUUGGAAGCUGUGCAGUAGAAAGUCAUCAUGAAUCUGCCCUGAAAACUUGUUAGUGGAAAAUAAACUUUGCAGAAACUAAACCCCUUUCAGCAAGCGGUCCCAGAAGCUACUUUCAAAUUGAAUCAAGCACUGCUACAAAAAGAUAAACGGCCUGGAGACUAUACAAUCCGAAUCCGGUCCGUCACAGUUCCGUCUGGCCAGAAUCGGCCAAUCAGGCACACCCACAGAACGGGCGUUUGAAUGGGGCAGAUAGUGCCCACAGAUGAUGGAAGCAUUCCCAAGUGCCUUCAAGAGAAGGAGGGACAAAAUUUGGAGGGUGGGUGAUAGUGAAGAAAAGGGGGCCAGUAAUGUAAUGAGCGAAGAGGACUGAAGAUUGUUGCCAUCUUAAUCUCUGGAAAAAGACAGAGGAUGCACAUAGCCAGUGUUACAGCAAAAUAAGCGUGGAAGCUGAUUUUGUAACACUUGGAUCCCUUUCAUAUAGAAAUGUGAACCUAUGAUGGAGAAACCUGACAGCCAGAGGGAGGUGGUGUUGCUGGCAUGUGGAUCAUUCAAUCCCAUCACUAACAUGCACCUGCGGAUGUUUGAAUUAGCUCGGGAUUAUCUUCAUGAAACAGGGAAGUACACAGUGAUAAAGGGCAUUAUAUCUCCAGUGGGUGAUGGAUACAAGAAGAAGGGCCUAAUAGAAGCAAAGCAUCGCCUGGCCAUGGUGAAAAAGGCCACAGAGAGCUCUGAGUGGGUGACAGUGAGUUCUUGGGAAAGUGAGCAAGAACAGUGGGUGGAGACUGCGAAAGUCCUCAGAUAUCAUUAUGAGAAUUUGGAGAACGUCAGUAACAAUGAGACGAGGAACACGGCACAACGCAGGAGGAGUAAGAAAAGGAAGAUAGAAGAAAAGGAUGACAAUUCACUCGAAACAAAAGAUGUUCCUGAGUUAAUGCUCCUCUGUGGGGCUGAUGUUGUGGAGUCUUUCAACACUCCAAACCUGUGGAAAAAGGAAGACAUCGAAGAGAUUGUGGGAAAAUUUGGCAUCGUGUGUAUCAGCCGACUCGGAAGCAACGUCGAAAAAUUUGUUUAUGAGUCUGACAUCAUCUGGAAGUUCAAGAAAAAUGUUCACCUGGUGACGGAAUGGAUUACCAACGAUGUCUCGGCCACAAAGGUGCGGCGAGCUUUGCGAAGGGGACAGAGUGUUAAAUAUGUGAUACCUGACUCAGUCAUUGAAUACAUUCAAAAGCAUAGUCUAUACAACCCAUGUAGUGAAGACAAGAACGCUAAUGUUGUUUUAGCACCUUUGCAACGUUACGCAAAAUGAUCAACCGGGAGCCCAUCAUCGCGUUAGACCGGACUAGAUUCUCUUUCAACUGAUCGCGCUCGUUAUCUUAAAUGCAUUUCUUUUCAGGUUUUCUAUAUUUGGCAGUUUGAUAUUUUUCCAUUGCCCUCAACACCCAUAUCAGGCCCUGAGGACAGGUUGGAUAUGACAGGUGAUGAGGAGUUUGUCUAAACAAUGAGUCUUAAGGCAAGGCCUAAAAAUGAAUGCUGGAACAUGUACCUGUAUUGUUUUAUGUCCAACUUUUCGUUAAGGUGCUGUCCAAAUUAUAUGCCUCAAAGCUCUUGUCAGAGAGAACUCUCUAUUGCACUGUAAUUGGUGCACCGACUGACUGUUAAAUAAAUUUUUUUCUUUUGGAGCCUGCUAA